AUGCCUUGCCCAUCCCAGAGCUCAGAUGAGCUGGUGUUCUUUGUGAACGGGAGGAAGGUGACAGAGAAGAAUGUGGACCCGGAAGUCACUCUGCUGGCUUUCCUGAGAAAGAACUGGAUCCUUUUGGUCAAAGUCUCAGCCAUGGAGGCAGGCAUCUCAGAGACAAAACGUCCACUUUGCAACUUUUUCUUGACUUCUCCCUCUCCAGUACGCCUCACAGGAACCAAGUAUGCCUGUGGGACUGGAGGCUGUGGGGCUUGCACUGUGAUGGUGUCUAAGCACGACCCGGUGUCCAAGAAGACAAGACACUUCUCUGUCAUGGCGUGCCUGGUGCCCUUGUGCUCCCUGCAUGGGGCUGCCGUCACCACCGUGGAAGGUGUAGGAAGCAUCAAAACCAGGCUUCACCCGGUGCAGGAGAGAAUCGCCAAGAGCCAUGGUACCCAGUGUGGAUUCUGCACCCCCGGGAUGGUGAUGUCCAUGUACACACUGCUCAGGAACCACCCACAGCCCUCAGAGGAACAGCUCAUGGAAGCCCUGGGAGGUAACCUCUGCCGCUGCACUGGGUAUCGGCCAAUUCUGGAGAGCGGUAGGACCUUCUGCGUGGAGCCAAAUGGUUGUCAGCAGAAAGGAUCAGGAGAAUGCUGCUUGGAUCAGAAGGAAGAUGGUUCGCUUGGAGUCAAAAGCGACAUUUGCACAGAGCUGUUUUCAAAAGAAGAGUUCCAGCCCUUGGACCCAACCCAGGAGCUCAUAUUUCCCCCAGAACUCCUGAGGAUGGCUGAGAACCCAGAAAAGCAAACCCUGACCUUUUACGGAGAGAGAAUUACCUGGAUCUCCCCAGGAACCCUCCAAGAUCUCUUGGUGCUGAAGGCGAAAUACCCUGAAGCUCCUCUCAUUUCAGGCAACACAUCCCUGGGACCAGCCAUGAAAUCUCAAGGACACUUUUACCCAAUUCUCCUCUCUCCUGCUGGAAUUCCUGAUCUGAGAAUGGUGACUAAAAGCAGUGAUGGACUGACCAUUGGCGCCUGCUGCAGCCUGGCUCAGGUGAAGGACAUCUUGGCUGAGAGCAUUUCUGAGCUCCCGGAGGAGAAGAUUCAGACCUACCGAGCUCUCCUGAAACACCUCCGGAGCCUGGCGGGACAGCAGAUCCGGAACAUGGCGUCCUUAGGUGGGCAUGUUCUCAGCCGGCAUCAUUACUCUGACCUGAACCCUAUUCUCUCUGUGGGCAACUCCAUCCUCAACCUGCUGUCAGAAGAAGGCACACGGCAGAUUGCUCUGGAUGGACAUUUUCUUGCUGGGCUGGCGAGCACAGACCUGAAGCCUGGGGAGAUUUUGGGAUCUGUGUACAUCCCUCACUCUCAAAAGUGGGAGUUUGUGUCGGCCUUCCGGCAGGCCCAGUGCCAUCAGAACGCUCUGCCUGAUGUGAAUGCUAGCAUGAGAGUCCUGUUCAGGGAGGGCACAGACAUCAUUGAAGACCUGAGCAUCGCCUACGGAGGGGUGGGGCCCACCACCAUCAGUGCACACCGAUCCUGCCAGCAGCUCGUCGGCAGGCACUGGAAUGCACUCAUGUUGGACGAGGCUUGCAGGCGGCUUCUGGAUGAAGUCUCCCUCCCAGGCUCAGCUCCGGGGGGCAAAGUGGAGUUCAAGAGGACUCUGAUGGUCAGCUUCCUCUUCAGGUUCUACCUGGAGGUUCUGCAGGAGCUGAAGAGAAAAGUAAAGCUGUCCUCUGAGUCCACCGACAGCCAGCACUAUCCAGUGAUUGCAGACCGGUUUCUGAGCGCUCUGGAAGAUUUCCAGGUCACACUACCCCAGGGAGUCCAAACAUACCAGAGAGUGGAUCCUCAUCAGCCUCUCCAAGACCCAGUUGGACGUCCCAUCAUGCAUCUGUCAGGUCUUAAACAUGCCACAGGGGAAGCCAUAUUUUGUGAUGACAUACCCAGGGUGGAUAAAGAACUUUUCAUGGCUUUGGUGACCAGUACCAGGGCUCAUGCAAGAAUCAUAUCAAUCGAUUCAUCUGAGGUCUUUGCCCUACCUGGUGUGGUUGAUGUAAUAACAGCUGAAGACAUUCCAGGCGCCAACGGCGAUGACAAUGACAAAUUAUUGGCUGUAGAUGAGGUGCGCUGUGUGGGCCAGGUCAUCUGUGCUGUGGUUGCAGAGAAUGAUGUUCAGGCAAGACGAGCAACUGAAAAGAUAAAAAUCACCUAUGAGGAUCUGAAACCUGUGAUUUUCACCAUCGAGGAUGCCAUAAAACACAAUUCAUUCCUGUGCCCUGAAAAGAAGCUUGAACAAGGAAACAUCGAGGAGGCAUUUGAAAACGUGGACCAGGUAGUUGAAGGAGAGGUCCAUGUUGGAGGGCAAGAACAUUUCUACAUGGAAACACAGAGAGUGCUCGUUAUUCCAAAGACAGAAGACAAAGAACUGGACAUGUAUGUGUCCACACAGGAUCCAACCCAUGUGCAGAAAACAGUGGCCUCUACCUUAAACAUCCCCAGCAACAAGGUCACCUGCCAUGUGAAACGAGUGGGCGGAGGUUUUGGAGGAAAGGUGGGGAGGCCAGCUGUGUUCGGGGCAAUUGCUGCAGUGGGGGCUGUCAAAACUGGCCAUCCCGUUCGCCUUGUUCUGGAUAGAGAAGAUGAUAUGUUAAUAACUGGGGGAAGGCAUCCAUUAUUUGGAAAAUAUAAAGUAGGAUUCAUGAACAGUGGGCGAAUCAAAGCCCUAGACAUUGAAUGCUACAUCAAUGGAGGAUGCACACUGGAUGACUCGGAGCUGGUAACAGAAUUCCUUGUACUAAAGCUGGAAAAUGCUUAUAAAAUCCGCAACCUCAGAUUCCGAGGUCGGGCAUGCAUGACAAAUUUACCAUCCAAUACAGCCUUCCGUGGGUUUGGCUUCCCACAGGGAACCCUGGUAACAGAAUCUUGUAUCACAGCUGUGGCAGCCAAAUGUGGGCUCCCACCAGAAAAGAUUAGGGAGAAAAACAUGUACAAAACAGUUGAUAAAACCAUCUACAAACAAGCUUUUAGCCCGGAACCCCUGAGAAGGUGCUGGAGUGAGUGUCUGGACAAGUCUUCCUUUCACAUCAGAAGGACACAAGCGGAAGAGUUCAAUCGGAAGAACUACUGGAAGAAGAGGGGCAUUGCUAUCGUCCCCAUGAAGUUUUCAGUCGGCUUUGCUGCAACAAGCUAUCACCAGGCAGCUGCACUUGUUCAUAUCUACACAGAUGGGUCUGUGUUGGUUGCACAUGGAGGCAAUGAACUGGGACAAGGUAUUCACACCAAAAUGUUACAGGUGGCCAGCCGUGAAUUAAAAAUACCCAUGUCUCACAUGCAUAUCUGUGAAACAAGCACAGCUACUGUACCCAAUACAAUUGCUACGGCAGCGUCCAUCGGUGCAGAUGUCAACGGCAGAGCUGUGCAGAAUGCCUGUGAGAUCCUUCUAAAACGUCUUGAGCCUGUCAUUAAGAAAAAUCCAGGAGGUACAUGGAGAGACUGGAUAGAAACAGCAUUUGAACAAAGAAUCAGUCUUUCCGCCACUGGAUACUUCAGGGGCUACAAGGCCUUCAUGGACUGGGAGAAGCAGGAGGGAGACCCAUUCCCAUACUAUGUCUAUGGAGCUGCAUGUUCGGAGGUUGAAAUUGACUGCCUGACAGGUGCCCACAAGAAAAUCAGAACAGACAUUGUCAUGGAUGCAUGUUGCAGCCUGAAUCCUGCCAUUGAUGUUGGGCAGAUAGAAGGUGCAUUUAUUCAGGGAAUGGGCCUUUACACCACUGAAGAGCUGCACUAUUCUCCAGAAGGGGUCUUGCACUCUCGGAGCCCAGAAGAGUACAAAAUUCCGUCUGUCACUGAUGUCCCUGAGCAAUUCAACGUGUCCUUGUUGCCAUCAUCUCAGACCCCACUAACUAUCUAUUCAUCUAAGGGCCUCGGAGAGUCUGGGAUGUUCCUGGGGUCUUCUGUGUUUUUCGCCAUUGCUGAUGCGGUGGCUGCGGCACGUAGAGAAAGAGACAUGGCUGAGGACUUGACAGUAUGGAGCCCGGCGACACCAGAGCGCGUGCGCAUGGCCUGUGCAGAUCGGUUCACAGACAUGAUCCCAAGAGAUGACCCGAAGACAUUUAAACCUUGGUCUAUACCUAUAGCUUAAGCUGCUAUCAUUUCCUAAGAGGUA